UUGAGCCCCCACAUAAAUCUCGCAGUGAUGGCUGCGCCGCCCGAUGCGGAGAGUUUGGAGUCUCGUAUCAACAGAGCCACAAACCCGCUGAACAGAGACACAGACUGGAGUAGUAUCCACGCUUUCUGUGACCAGCUCAACAAUGAUCUGGAGGGACCUCAGCUGGCCACCAGGCUCCUGGCCCACAAGAUCCAGUCUCCACAGGAGUGGGAGGCCAUGCAGGCCCUGCUGGUCCUGGAGACGUGUAUGAAAAACUGCGGGAAAAGGUUCCACAAUGAAGUGGGCAAGUUCCGUUUUCUCAAUGAACUCAUCAAAGUGGUUUCUCCAAAGUACUUGGGCUCACGGUCGCCCGAACCAGUAAAAAAGAAGGUUUUGGAGUUGAUCUACAGCUGGACUUUGGGGUUACCUGAAGAGGCCAAGAUCUCAGAUGCAUAUCAGAUGCUGAAGAAACAAGGUAUUAUUAAACAAGACCCGGAGCUGCCUCCUGACAAACUACUGAGCCUUCCUCCACCCAGACCCAAGAAUGCCAUUUUUGAGGACGAGGAGAAGUCUAAAAUGCUGUCUCGUCUGUUGAAUAGCUCGCACCCCGAGGACCUGAAAGCCGCCAACAAACUCAUCAAAGAAAUGGUCCAAGAGGAUCAGAAGCGAGCAGAGAAGGUGUCGAAGCGGGUGAACGCCAUCCAGGAGGUGAAGGAGAGCGUCUCUCUGCUGACUCAGCUUCUGCAGGACUACGACAGCAGCAGCACCAACCAGAGCAACGCUGAGCUGAUACAGGACCUGUACCAGCGCUGCGAGAAGAUGAGGCCGACGCUGUUCAGACUGGCGAGUGAUACGGAGGACAACGAUGAAGCUCUGGCGGAGAUCCUGCAGGCCAACGACAGCCUGACUCACGUCAUCAACCUGUACAAGCAGCAGGUGAAGGGGGAGAUCGUGAACGGAAACAACACGUUAAACGCACAGAAACAAACCGAAGGAGGGACAGCCCUGCUCGAUCUCUCAGGUUUGGACACUUCACCUCAGUCACCUCCCUCCUUCCCAGAGUUUCCCACUCCGACAGACAGCCUUAACGCCCCCUCGCAGGAGAUGGGGAUCAGUCUCCUUGACGACGAGCUCAUGUCACUUGGUUUGAGUGAAGGAACACACACCUCCAACCCUCCGUCGCAGCCCGAGGACUCCACAGCAUGGGACUCCUUCCAGUCCUCUGACAGCAUCGACGCAGACAUCCCAGCAGCACCCAGCCUCCUCCUGAGCCCGGACCCACCUUCCCACUCUCAGCCCCUCUCGUCUGGCUCCACCCCCGGGAACUCUGCCCUGGACGAGCUGGACCUGCUGGGAAAGACGCUGCUGCAGCAGUCCCUGCCUCCAGAGGGCCUGCAGGUCAAAUGGGACAAGCAGCAGUCUAAGCCGACUCUGAGAGAUCUCCAGAGCAAGUCCGGAGCCAACAUUACCCCAAACCCCAUUCCAGCUUUCGCCCCUGAACAUCCUGCAGCCGUCCCCAGCUCUCAGCCCGGCCCUGGAGCUACGCUGCUGGAUAUGCCUCCUGCUCGCCCGGAGACUCCUCCUGCAGAAGUGACCCUGACCGAUGUUUUUGUACCGCUAGAAUCCAUUAAGCCCAGUAGUUUGUUGCCCGUGACUGUGUUCGACGGACACAGUCUGCGGGUUCUCUUCCACUUCGCCCGGGACUCGCCUCCGUGCCGGCCGGACGUGCUGGUGGUGAUCAUCUCCAUGCUGUCCUCGGCCCCCAUCCCCGUCACCAACAUAAACUUCCAGACCACCGCUCCAAAGUCUAUGGCGGUGAAGCUGCAGCCCCCAUCGGGGACGGAGCUCCCAGCGUUCAACCCCAUCCUCCCCCCUGCUGCUGUCACACAGAUUCUGCUGCUCGCGAACCCAGACAAGGUAGGUCCAGAUUUAUUAGUGCCUGGACUGUAG